AUGAAGCGCAUACGUCGUCUACGUCCGAGCUAUCUCAAACCUCCGGGUCCUGUAGAACCCCCUCAUCCUGUAGAAACUCCGAUUUCUGUAGAAGCCCCUCGUCCUCUAUCUGGCCAACAUAUCUUGGAGGGGGCCCGCGAUACUACGAUAGGACACGCGGUGUUCAAUAACGUUGGUGGUGACCAAGUUCAAAUUCAAAAUCAUAAUCAUAACCACUAUUUUACCAAUCGGCUUUGGGAAGCGAUCAAAGACAUCGGAGCAUCUCAUAAUUCGGAACAACAGGUUGACCGUGGCUGUUGUCUUCCUGGAACUCGUGAAGCGGUGCUCGAACUUAUUCGACAGUGGAGAGUUUCCGGAUGCAACAGUCCACCAGUAUGUUGGCUUUCUGGUGCUGCGGGCGUAGGAAAGUCAGCUAUCGCAUUGAGUGUCGCCGAGGAAUGCGAGAAGGAUGGGCUUGUGGCCUCCUUCUUCUUCUUUAGAUCAGAUCCAAAGCGAAACAACCCGUCCUCUCUCGUUUUAUCUAUUGUACAUGGCCUCGUGGUCAAAAGACCACAUCUGAAAGCGCUCAUCAACGAGAAAAUUGCUGCUGACCCUGGGAUCCUUGCUGCUAGAUUGGAGAAUCAAUACAAGGAAUUGGUUCUGGAGAAUCUCGAUCAUCCGACUCCCCCUUCAUCCGGUCAGAGACUCCCUGACCUGGUCAUUAUUGAUGGCCUCGAUGAAUGUGGUGAUUCUGCUACGCAGCGCCGUGUCCUCGACAUCAUAUUUUCCACAUAUCGACAACCAUUUUAUUCCCCUUUGCGAUAUUUGAUAUGCAGUCGUCCUGAAUCCUGGAUCAAACCGAAAUUUCAGGGGUUCAGUGGACUGAAUAAACAUAUUAAACUGGAUAACUCGUUCCUCCCCCGGUAUGACAUCGAACUAUACCUCAACCACCAGUUUCAGGAGAUCCGCAGAGACUAUCCACAUGUUGAAUUCCCAGACCCGUGGCCGUCUCCCAAUCAUUUUGAGUUUCUGGUUGACAAAUCUGAUGGUCAAUUCAUUUUUGCAACGACUGCCACCAUGUUCAUCAAGGCGGACUACGUACUUCCAACUGACCAGCUUUGCAUCAUCGUCGAUACCAUAUCCAACCAGUCCUCUGAUUUCUCGAGGGAGUCACCCCUCGACGAUCUUGACAAACUCUAUCUCGUGAUAUUGCGUGCCAACCCUGACCGCGAUAAGCGUCUGCUCCCCAUUCUCGCAAUGAUCGUCGUUGUAGAUGGCUGGAGGCAGAGAUCUCCAGAAUUCAUCGAACGCGUUCUCGGACUGUCUCGUGGCACGGUUACUCAGACAUUACGUGCGAUGCACUCGGUGCUCAAUGUCGGCGGUCAGUACGAUGACAUCAAGAUUUACCACAAAUCUUUCACCGAUUUCCUCCUUGAUCGUGCACGGUCAAGGGAGUUCUUUAUCGACAAGUCCGAGUGGGAGGACCUUCUGGCUCGUCGGUGGACUAGGUCCCUAACUGAGCAGUGCAAAGAAUACCCUAAGCUGCUACGUCUCACUGAUAUUCUGGGUCAUCCUUUAGAGCCGUUUGUAGACGACUGGAAUAAGUUCCUUGACCGAGUGGAUGGUCGUAUGAGCAGCGCGCUGGUGUCGGAGCUGGAUGCUUGCUACCACGUGGCUUUGUCCAUCUCUGCGGAGUUAGUAGGCCACGAGGUGCUCCUUCACAUACUUUCCGCAAUUCUACUGCUUCCAUCGGAUCUAUGCUUUUCCUAUUUCAUCGAACCACUGCUUGAACUGGAAGUUUUAGAUCAGGCACUGGAUUCGAUCGGCGCAAUGAUUCAAAGUUCGAGUGCCCUGCACCGUCACUUUCGCAUUAUGGAUCGGCAUUCCACCUUGCGGGAUUUCCUCCUUGACCGGGAACGGUCAAAGAGAUUUUUCGUUGAAACGGACUAUCAGAAGGCCUUUUUUGCACAGAAAUGCCUCCGACUAUUACAGAUGGAUGAUGGCGAGGCUGAAGAUAAGAGAGCGUCGAAGAUUUUGAUUGAAAGAUGGGUCGAAUUCUGCACUGACGUCGACAAUCCUACCAAGGGAUUGUUGUCCGAACUUUACCGGAUGGACUUAGGUACAGUCCUCGCAAAGUUUCUCGACCGUGGUUUGUAUCACCUGUUCCUUGGCUUUGAAACCAUCUCAACCUGGCUAGAAUCUAGAACCAACGGCGUAACCCUACCCGCACUUAUUGGUUGUUUCAAAAAUGUCCAAAGAGGGUUUCACAUUCGAAGCACGAGGCAGGAUGUUGAUUCAGGACGCCACCAUAACAUCAUCACCAUGAUCAUCCUUUCCAUCGUCAAAUGGACCUGGUGGCCCGCUCAGACCUCUCGGCGGUUAUGCGCCUCACUGAUAAUGAGAGAUUGCGACGUGGACGACUGGUCCGAGAGUUUGCGUGCAUCGGUCAAUAUCAAAUUGCGCUCAGCUGAGUUUUGCGGGUGCUCGGGACACGCAUUUACAUAUAACCGCAUUUCAACCCCGAUUCUUGGUAAAACCGGCCUGUAUCACAUCAAUAUCCCAGCUGGUUGUGCUCAAAUUUUCAAAGCAUUUGUAUCCUGUUUGGAGGCAUACGAAUCACAAACUUUCACCCACGAGGAGUACUGCAGUCUCGCUGACAACCUACUGCUGUGGUUACCGGCUCUGGUGACACGAUGUCUCCCCCUACCCGAAAUCCUUCCCCAUUUUCAAACACUUUUGGAUAUGGCUAAGACAUUGGGACGAGGUGCCCUCUAUCGUGCCCGAGAAGACAUGUUUUUCCGCUUAGAUGAUCCGGAGGAGUCACGAGGCAAACUGUUAUCGUGGCUCGAGAGCUUCCCUGCCGAUUGCGCCAAUGAAGUUGAAACCGCCAAAAAUGAUCUUUUGUCUCUAAUCCCGCUUGAUGAAUGA